AUGGACACUGACGAAGGGUCUGCAGUGUACUUCAGGGUUUUAAAUGUAGUUGAAGGUCUGGAGUACACUUCAGGUGUGAAGGAGAGGGAGAACGCCACCCGCCGCCUCCUGGACACUCUGGACCAGCUGGAGUGUGUCAACAAGGCUCACCAAGCUGACAACCUCAAGCUGGAGGAGGAAAACAUUCGCCUAAAUACAGCAAUUCAUUUUCUCGAGGAGGACAAGAUGAAGAUUAAGAACGAAGUGCGCCUUGCUCAGGAGGAAAAUAUUAAAUUAAAGUCCCAGAUACGUCAAGUGGAGGAGGACUCGAGGCUGGUCAAGGUGGAGAUCCGUCAAGUGGAGGAGGACUCCAGGCUGGUCAAUGAGGAUAACAUGAAGAUUAAGAACGAAGUGCGCCUUGCUCAGGAGGAAAAUAUUCAAUUAAAGUCCCAGAUCCGUCAAGUGGAGGAGGACUCGAGGCUGGUCAAGGAGGAGAUCCGUCAAGUGGAGGAGGACUCGAGGCUGGUCAAGGAGGAUAACAUGAAGACUAAGAACGAAGUGCGCCUUGCUCAUGAGGAGAUUGCCCUAUUAAUGUCCCAGAUCCGUCAAGUGGAGGAGGACUCGAGGCUGGUCAAGGAAGAAAUAAGGAAGACUAAGAACGAUAUUCGCUUAUCAGAGGAGGCGAAUCGUCGUCUAAUGGCUGACAUUCGUCAAGUAGAGGAGGAUUCGAGGCUGGUCAAGACGAGGAACCGGCAGCUGGAGCUUGCAGAGACCCAAGCCCAGGAUAGAGUCAUGACAGCGUUGACGAGGAUCGUUGAGCUAGAACGAGAGACACAACAGCUGCAAGAGAUGAAUAAUAACACAGCAGGAGAGAAAAGACUUGUUCAAGAGCAACUCUCCGUCAUUGAAGAAGAGGCCAGAAAGUUACGGGUAGGAAACUCGGCUCUACAGAGUGAUAAAGACAGACAGGCACAGCAACUCAGAAGUGUUCAAGAAGAAAAUAGUAAAAUAACAGAAAGAGUCGCUUGAUGGAAGAGGAACACGAGAAGUGCAAGAGGAAUGUC